AAAUAAAAAUAAUGCUGUGUUACAACUGAACCAUUGUGAUCCUGUAAUACAGUAAUAGGUGUAAGUUAACAGUCGGCGGAUCAACUAGUUGCGAUCUUUUUUGUCCAGUAUCUGAAAGUUAAAUCGCGCUGAAGUAGACUAGAUAUCAAGAUGGUUCUCGAAAGCACAGUAAUAUGUAUCGACAACAGUGAAUACAUGAGAAACGGGGAUUAUUUGCCAACAAGAAUCCAAGCCCAACAAGAUGCCGCGAACUUGGUAUGCCGUACAAAAUUACGUUCUAACCCUGAAAACAAUGUUGCGCUACUCUCUCUUGCUGAUGUUCAAGUUCAUGUUACAUUGACAAAUGACUCAGGAAAGUUGCUAUCAAAAUUACUUUUAGUGCAACCUAAAGGGAAUAUUAGAUUCUUAAAUGGCAUCCGUGUUGCACAUCUUGCACUGAAACAUCGUCAAAGUAAAAACCAUAGAAUGCGUAUUAUUGCCUUUGUCGGAAGCCCAAUUGAAGACGAUGAAAAAGAAAUAAAUAAAGUUGCGAAAAAACUUAAAAAAGAAAAAGUAAAUGUGGAAAUAGUAAACUUUGGCGAAGAAGAGUUGAACACACCAAAACUGACUUCGUUUAUCGAAAUACUGAAUGGAAAAGAUGGAACAGGAUCUAAUAUUGUCAAUAUACCUCCAGGAUCCAUGCUUUCUAAUGCUUUAAUGAACUCCCCAAUUAUUGCUGGAGAAGGUGGAGCUCCCAGCUCUGGCGGUGGUGAAUUUGAUCUUGGAUUUGACCCAGCAUCGGAUCCAGAGCUUGCUCUUGCUCUUCGUGUGUCAUUAGAAGAACAGCGUCAUCGUCAAGAAGAAGAAGCUCGAGCAGGAUCAGAAAUCCAAGAAACUCAGUCAGCUCCAGCAACUGCAAUGGCAACAGGCACUGGUGAGGAUGACAUGUUACGUGCGGCUCUCGCAAUGUCAAUGAAUCAAGAGGUACCAGCCACUGCACCUCCUGGUAGUCGCCCUGUUGAUAUAGGCUCUAUGUCGGAAGAAGAACAAAUAGCAUAUGCAAUGCGCAUGUCAAUGCAAGAAGAAAGCUCACAAUCUGCCAUGGACACGGAUGAGAAAACAAUUUCUGAGUCCCCGAUGGUGGCUGAAUAUGGUGAUGAUGGAGAUUCGAAUGAAGAAGAUGUAAUUGCUGAUCCAGCGUUCCUGCAGAGUGUUCUACAAAAUCUUCCCGGUGUGGACACAUCGAGUGAAGCAAUACAACAAGCCAUGGAUCAACUUGCUCAAAACAGACAAGAUUCUGAUAAAGACAAGAAAAAAGACAAUGAAUGAAUUCUGGCUACGCAAUUAUUGACACAAAACUGUUUCGAGAAUAUUAAUGACGGACAUAAAAAAUUUUUUCAUUCUGCCAAAUUUCAGAAUAAAUACUGGCUGGCGAAUAUUAUUGUGAGAUAUCUCUCCACUAUUUCAUUAUAAUAUGAUACCACAUUCACAGUAUGUUCUUGUAAUUUAAAUUAGAAUGGCUGACUGAAGUUCUUUAUUAUCAAUCAAGUGAUUUCGCACUAUCCACUUCUCCACAGAUUUAAACACUACCUGUUAUAAAGAGAUAUUGAAGACACUUACUUUGGCAAAGAACAUCUUCACUUAAUUGUUGAUGUCGUGAUUAUUCAUCCUUGUAAGCUUUAGGUAUUUUACAAACCUAUACUGGCAGAAUGCAAUUCUUAUUCUAAAUGCUUCUAUGACAUAUUAUUGUCCAUCUUAUGAUGGUUUAAUAUUUAAGUUCAACAUUGGAUUUUUGUGAAAAAAGUUGAGAGUAAUAAAGUAUUUCGUUACAGAACUCACAAAUUUUCUAAUUUUAUAGAAUGGUAUGUGUAUUCAUCCUUUUAAAAAUUAGGUCUUCUAUCAAAAGUAGCAGCAAAUGAAUAUUUGUUAUCUAGAUGCUUAUAUUACAUACUAAGGUCUGUUGAGCUUUAAUAAAGUUAUAAUUCAUGAAGAAAAUAUCCCUCAAACAAAAUAUCUGAAUUGAAGCAGUAAUUAAAUUAUCAGUUUUAGACUGUCAAUUCAUCUACUUGGGAUAUAGCUGUUAAUUUUCAAUAUGAUUUCAUGCAGCCCUUGAAAGUUGAAGUUGCUCCAAGUGUUUCUUUUUGGGUGAUUAUGCUGAGAGUGUGUUCUGUCUACAUUGUUCAAAAACAUUCUUUUUCCAACUUGACAUACAUAGGUAGCUAUUUGAGUUAAAUAAACAGCUUUCAAAUGCAAUGAAGGCAAGACAAAUGUAGUGUUUACUUAUUUUCGUUUUGUUUCUGUAACCUAUAAUUAG